CACAGAGACACACACACUCUUAACACACUCUCUCAGCUGCAGGACGCAACAAACAUCAUCGAUAAGACGUGUUGUCAAUGUUCCUCACUAGGAUAUGUUGCUCGUUAUCUACUUUGUAACAGCUCUGGCCCUGUGGUGUCCCGUCAGGGCGCAGCAGCUGCCGGAGUUCGCGGAUGUUUGCACCGAGGGCAGCUGCUACCCCGCCACAGGUGACCUGCUCAUCGGCCGCGCGCACAAGCUCACCGCCUCCUCCACCUGCGGCCUGAAGCAGCCGGAGCGCUUCUGCAUCGUCGGACACCUGGAGGAGGAUACAAAAUGUUUCAUGUGCGACUCCAGAGAGAUGUUCGACGAGGACACCAACCAGGUCAGCCACACCAUCGAGAACGUGGUCACCACCUUCGCCCACAACCGCCUGAAGACCUGGUGGCAGUCGGAGAACGGUGUGGAGAAUGUGACCAUCCAGCUGGACCUGGACGCUGAAUUUCACUUCACACACCUUAUCAUGACCUUCAAGACGUUUCGGCCGGCUGCCAUGGUGAUCGAGCGGUCCAUGAACUUUGGGAAGUCGUGGCAGGUGUAUCGCUACUUUGCCUACGACUGCGAGUUGUCCUUCCCUGGUGUGUCCACCGGGCCAAUGGCCAAAGUGGACGAAAUCAUCUGCGACACCCGUUACUCAGACAUCGAACCAUCCACCGAGGGAGAGGUGAUAUUUCGGGUGCUGGACCCCGUCUUCCACAUUGAGGACCCCUACAGCCUGAGGAUACAGAACAUGUUGAAGAUCACGAACCUCCGGGUGAAGUUCAUCAAGCUCCACACGCUGGGCGACAACCUGCUCGACUCGCGUGACGAGGUGACGGAGAAGUACUACUACGCCCUCUACGACAUGGUCGUCCGCGGCAACUGCUUCUGCUACGGUCACGCCUCUGAGUGCGCCCCGAUCGAUGGAGCAUCAGCGGGAGCUGAGGGCAUGGUCCAUGGCCGCUGUGUGUGUAAUCACAACACUGAGGGACUGAACUGUGAACGCUGCCAAGACUUUUACCAGGAUUCGCCUUGGAGACCUGCAGAGGGACGAAACACCCACGCCUGCAAGAAGUGUGAAUGUAACCAUCACUCCACAUCGUGCCACUUCGACCUUGCUGUUUACAUGACGACUGGCAACAGGAGCGGAGGCGUGUGUGAAGACUGUCAGCACAACACUGUGGGCCGACAGUGCGAGCAGUGUGCACCUUUCUACUACCAGCACCCAAACCGAGACCUCAGGGACCCCAACGUCUGUGAGCCGUGUAACUGUGACCCAACCGGGUCUCUGGAGGGUGGACUGUGUGAUUCGCACACCGACGUGGCAGCCGGGAUGAUCUCAGGCCAGUGUCGGUGCAAAGCCAAUGUGGAGGGUGAGCGCUGUGACCACUGCCGGCAGGGACACCACGGACUGGGACAGGGGCCUGAUGGCUGCCUGGCUUGUACCUGUAACCCGCUGGGCACUCUGCCCGGAGGAAGCACCUGUGAUGCGGACACAGGAAGGUGCUUCUGCAAACGCCUCGUGGACGGACAUAAAUGUGAUCAGUGUCUGCCGCAGCACUGGGGUCUGUCCAAUGACAUGGACGGCUGCAGACCAUGUGACUGUGAUCAGGGCGGAGCUGUCAACAACAACUGUGACCCUCACACAGGACAGUGUGUGUGCAGGGAGCACAUGUUUGGACGACGCUGCGAUAAGGUGGAGUCUGGCUUCUAUUUCAUCUCUCUGGAUCACUACACCUACGAGGCAGAGGAUGCCACGCACGGACCUGGUGUGACGGUGGUACCGAGGCCGUACCCUCUGGAUCGCAGUCCUACGUGGACCGGUAUGGGCUUUGCUAAUGUGCCAGAAGGAGCUUACUUAGAGUUCAACAUCGACAAUGUCCCAGAGUCCAUGGACUAUGACAUCCUUAUUCGCUAUGAGCCGCAGCUGCCAGAGCAGUGGGAGAAGGUGAACGUCCGAGUGCAGCGUCCCGUUUUCAACCCUCCAGACUACUCCGCUCACUGCAGCAACUCCAUCCAGAGUGGAGACGAGCAGUCCAUCUCUCUUCCACCUGGAUCCAGACACGUGUUGCUGGUGAGGCCGGUGUGUUUCGAGGAAGGACUGAACUAUACCGUCCGUCUCACUCUGCCUCUCUACUCGUCAGCCAGUGAAAUCCAGAGCCCGUACACACUCAUCGACUCUUUGGUGCUGAUGCCUCGGGUCAGGGAGCUGGACAUGUUCCAUGGGGUCGAUGGUGAGGGAGCGUGGGAUACGUUCCAGCGCUACCGUUGUCUGGAGAGCAGCCAGAGUGUCGUCAAAAGCCCCUUGACCGACAUCUGUAACGACUACAUCUUCAGCGUCUCUGCUCUGCUGCACAAAGGAGCCAUGGCAUGCCAGUGUGACCCUCAGGGUUCACUCAGCACCGUGUGUGAGUCCAGUGGAGGUCAGUGCCGGUGUCGACCCAACGUUGUUGGCAGAAACUGUGAGCACUGUGCCCCGGCUACGUACCUGUUCAGCCCCUCUGGCUGCAGAUCUUGUGACUGUGACCCACGGGGCGCGGUCACUUCUUUCUGCCACGAGGCGACGGGUCAGUGCGAGUGUGUUCCAGGGGCCACAGGGCGCCAGUGUUCCCACUGCCUGCAGGGCUUCUGGGGCUUCCCUCAGUGCCGACCGUGCCACUGUAACGGCCACAGUGAGUACUGCCACCCUCAGACCGGAGAGUGUCAGGGCUGCAGGGACUUCACCACCGGACACCACUGUGAGAGGUGUUUGGAUGGUUACCAUGGUGACCCAGAGCUGGGCUCAGGUAGCCACUGCCGCCCCUGUAUGUGCCCCGAUGGGCCGCGCAGUGGACGCCAGUUUUCUGACAGCUGUUACCUUCUGGCUAACACGAACCAGCUGGUGUGUGUGUGCAGCGCCGGCUACAAAGGUGCCAGGUGUGAUGAGUGCGCUCCUGGUUAUUUCGGGAACCCUCUGGUGCCUGGUGGGCGCUGCAUGCCCUGCCAGUGUAACGGCAACAUCGACAUGCACGACCCCGGGUCCUGUGACGCUCGGACAGGUGCCUGUCUCAAGUGCCUGUACCACACUGAGGGCUACGGGUGUCAGCACUGCAGACAGGGUUACUACGGCGUUGCUGCGACUCAGAGCUGCAGGAAGUGCAUGUGUUACUCAGUGGGCACCUCACCUCGGGCCUGUUCGUCCCCUGAUGAGUGUCAGUGUGACCAGCACAGCGGUCAGUGUCCCUGCCAGCCCAACGUGGUCGGUCAGAACUGCGACCGCUGUGCCCCUGAUACGUGGAACAUUGCCAGCGGGAUGGGCUGCCAGCGCUGCGACUGCGACCCCGUCCACUCCUUUGGAUCCUCCUGCAACGAGGUCACAGGACAGUGCUUGUGCAAACCCGGUUUUGGUGGGAAGACGUGUCGAGAGUGCAGGGAGCUCUUCUGGGGGAAUCCAGAGGUCAAAUGUCACGCUUGUGAUUGUGACCCUCGGGGAAUCUCCAGCGAGCAGUGCCAUCGUGCGACCGGUCAGUGCACCUGUGUGGAAGGUGUGUCCGGCCCACGGUGUGACGUGUGUGCUAGGGGCUACCAGGGAGAGUUCCCCUUCUGUGAACCCUGCCAUAAGUGCUUCGCCGUGUGGGACACCGUGGUCGGCGAGCUGACCAAUCAAACUCGACGUCUGGAGGCCCAAGUAACUCAGCUCCAGACCAGUGGGGUGACGGCACCUUAUAAAGACUUAGUCAACAGCCUGGAGAGAAACGUCAAAGCUGUCAGAGACAUAUUGGAGAGCAACCCUGCAGCAGUGAAGCUGGAGCAGAUUCAGGAGCUGAUGCAUCAUAUCACCGGUGUGAUGUCUUACCUCAACGGAAAGCUAAACACAACGGAGGAGACCUUGAACCUUCUUCACAGUGACGCCAAUGCCACCGAUGCAAACUUGGACACACUGACUGAUGAGGCCAACCAGCUGGAGCAGAGUGUCGAGGAGCUGAGGCAGCAGGUGUACAACGCCAAGAAUGCCAACAUCCAGGGUGCCAUGGACACCAUCGCAACCGCACACAUGCAGUCUACGAUGGCAGAGCUCCGUGCCAACAUGUCCACCACUGAUCCCGGAAGCACAGUGGAGAGCUCAGCAGCAGUACGCAAAGCCACUGAGGACAAAUUGGGCAAGGCUCAGAAGGAGUUUGAGCGCAAGCACCAAAGAAACUCACAGAAGCUGGACAAACUGUCCACCGAGCUGGAGAAAUAUGACCUGUCACCGCUCAGUGAGAAGACGUGUGGUGGUGCAGCUGAAGGUGACAACUGCUCUGGCUCCACCUGCGGCGGUCUGGGCUGUGUUGGCGAGGACGGUGCGCCUCAGUGUGGCGGAGAAGGAUGCGAAGGCCUCGUCACGACUUCCGAAACUGCUCUCAAAUCAGCCAAAGAACUGGACAAGGAGAUCCUCGCAGCCAUGCAGGAGGUAGACAAGCUCUCCAGGAUGGUGUGGGAGGCCAACAACCGCGCAAAUGAGGCCAAGGUGAACGCUAUGGAGGUGCUGAUCAAAUCCAACCGCAGCAAAGAGAGAGUGGAGCAGAGCAACGAGCAGCUCCGCAACCUCAUCAAAGAGAUUCGAGACCUACUCACCAAUGAAAAGGCAGAUGUUUCAGUGAUUGAGGCAGUGGCCAAUGAGGUGUUGGCUCUGGAGAUGCCGACCUCGACAGAGAAGCUGCAGGAGCUGACGAAGGAGAUCAAGGAGAAGGUCGGCACUUUGACCAGCGUGGAGACAAUCCUCAGUCAGAGCGCUCAGGACAUCCAGGCUGCAGAGAUGCUGCUGAAGGAGGCCAAGGCUGCCAGUGAGGUGGCGUCUAACAUGAAGGAGACGGCAGAUGUAGUGAGGGCAGCCCUGGAUGAGACUGAGCGUGCUCAGAGUAUCGCCAUGGAUGCCAUCCAACUGGCCCAGAACAACACAAAGGGGACGCUCGACCUGCUGAUCUCUGUGGAGUCGGAGACGGCCAUGUCGGAGCUGAAGCUCGGUAACACCACAGGUCGUCUGGUGCAGCUGGAGAGGGAGGUUGGUUUGCUGAGACAGAACAACCUGGAGGUGAACCGCCUGGCUGAGACAGCUGACUGGACCACUGACCAGGCCAGACAGAACGCUGAGGAAGCCCAGCAGGAGUUUGACGUGGAGGUGAAAGAUAAAUUGGUGGAGGUGGAAGACCUGGUGGAGGAAAAAGGGGAUUCGGUGCUGCAGGCAAGGAGAAGAGCAGAUGAACUGCAGCAGGAGGCCAGAGAACUGAUCAUGCAGAGCACCAGCAAACUGCAGAGACUCGGAGAGUUGGAGAGUUCCUAUGAAGCCAACCAGGCGAUCCUGGAGGCCAAAGCUGCAGAGCUGGCUGAGUUGGAGCAAACCGUCCGUCGGAUCCUGGAGGAGAUCAGCUACAAAGUGACACUGUAUAGUACCUGUCUGUGAUGAUCCACCUGGACGCUCCAGCACCUCAAACUCUUUACUGUCCUCUGGUGUACUGUCUGGGAUUUUAAUAGUGCCAAAUGUUUUUAAAUUACUGCUCCCACAUGAUUCCCAGAGUAUUUUAUAGCUUUCAGGACCAAACACUGUAAUAUGUUCGACACUGUCGGUGCCAACAACUUAACAUUCAAGUAUACUGGACAUCUGUGCCAAAAAGAAUUUUAACAAUGGAAACAAGUUGUAAAGCUGCCAAAGACCGUUAAAGUAUUAAAGUAAUGAGUCCCAAAGGAAACCACUAAAAGCCAAUGUGACCUCAGAGCUGGAAGCCAAGAAUGUAUAGAGAAUAUAGAACAAUGUAUGAGAUACUACAAUCUGUGUUUUUAAACAUGACUGAACAUAUUUGAUAGAAACAUUUUUAUACUUCAUAUGCCCAGAGAUAUGAUUAUUAUGUGGACCAAAAAGCAUUUGUGAAUGGUUUUGUGACUAUGAACAAAUAUUAAAAUUUGAUUUGAAAAUUGGUGACUACA